GGUUGUAAAACGCAUGCGCGGAAGUUUAACGUCUUGCAAAUUUCAAACUUUGGCGGCGGGUUAAAAAAAAAAUCAGACGAGAAAAUACAAUACAAUAAAAGGAUAUAACUAAAACGUGCAAAGAUGACGAGCACACUGAAAGGUAUUACCCUGAAAGGAAGCGCUGAGCUUGUGGCCGAGUUUUUCUGUAAGUAUUUCACCGACUAUUUUGGCCGCUUUUGCGACUGAUCAAAAAGGAAAGGCAUGCAACUUGAACAUGGCGAUGGUUUUCUCUGCGGAAGCUAGCUAACUAACAUUGUUUACAACCAUCGCAUCCGUAUUUUCCAUGACGAUAAGUAAUAUAUUUAUGUCCUUACAUGUGAGUUUGCUACGCUAAUAGAUACAUACGUUUGUUAUUUUGCACCUUCAUGCAUGAUUGAGACAACAAUAUUCUUACUAGUUAGUUAGCUAGCUAAUAAUAAUAUAAUAAUAUGCCAUUUAGCAGACGCUUUCAUCCAAAGCGAUUUACAGUCGUGCGUGCAUACAUUUUUGUGUAUGGGUGGUCCCGGGGAUCGAACCCACUACCUUGGCGUUACAAGCGCCGUGCUCUACCAGCUGAGCUACAGAGGACCUAGUCCGUGGUCGUAACUUAGUUAACCUAUUUCUGUCCCUUGGCUUCAGCAUUCGGUAUCAACAGCAUCCUGUACCAGCGAGGGAUCUACCCUCCGGAGACGUUCUCCCGAGUCACCCAGUAUGACAUGAGCCUUCAACUCACCACUGACACACAGCUGAAAAACUACCUGACCAACGUGGUAUCACAGCUCAAAGGUACAGUAUGAAAUAAACUCAAUGUAAUGUAGCACAUGCGCAGAACGUUAUAAUAUAUGGGGGGCGGGGGACAGGACAGCCAUCUGUGUAUUCAAACAAGAUACAGGACUUUAGAGGACGACUAUCUGGCCUAUGCUGCAGUCACUUGUGUGGCUAUUAGCCCUGUGUGUUAUUUCUCACAAUUUGACAAGGUCAAAUGAGGUGUCAUAUUUCACAACUUGGUGUGUUGAUUUUCACAAUUUUUAUCAAUGUGUUACCAGUAUGUCUGUUUCCAUUGGUGUAAAGUACUUAAGUAAAAGUACUUUAACGUACUACUUAAGUAGUUUUUUGGGGUAUCUGUACUUUACUACUUAUAUUUUUGACAACUUUUACUUUUACUCCACUACAUUCCUAAAAAUAAUGUACUUUUUACUCCAUACAUUUUCCCUGACACCAAAAAGUACUCGUUACAUUUCAAAUACUCAGGCAGGACAGCAAUAUGGUCCAAUUCACACACCUAUCAAUAUAACGCGUUGUCAUCCCUACUGCCUCUGAUCUGGCGGACUCACUAAACACAAAUACUGUGUUUGUAAAUAAUGUCUGAGUGUUGGAGUGUGCCCCUGGCUGACCAUGAAUAAAUAAAAAACAAGAAAAUCGUGCCAUCUGGUUUGCUUAAUAUAAGGAAUUUUAUGUAUAGUAUUUACUUUAACUUUGUACUUUUACUCAAGUAUGACAAUUGAGUACUUUUUCCACCACUGUACUUAAGUACAUUUAAAACCAGAUACUUUUAGACGAUUACUCAAGUACUAUUUUACUGGAUGCCUUUCACUUUUACUUGAGUAAUUUUCUAUGAAGGUAUCUUUUUACUUUUACUCAAGUAUGAAAACUUAGUACUUUUUCCACCACUAUCUGUUUCUACUGUAGUUGGGUGUGCAAAUUGCAGAGCGGUUGUUUGACUAACUUGCCUCUGUAUUGCAGAGUGGCUGUUUGAAUAAAUUGUCUUUGUAUUGCAGAGUGGCUGUUUGACUGACUUGUGUCUCUGUAUUGCAGAGUGGCUGUUUGAAUAAAUUGUCUUUGAAUUGCAGAGUGGCUGUUUGACUGACUUGUGUCUUUGUAUUGCAGAGUGGCUGUUUGACUGCACAGUGCAGAAGCUGGUUCUUGUGAUCACAUGUUUGGAGACCAAUGAGGUGCUGGAGCGGUGGCAGUUUGACAUUGAGUGUGACAAGAGUGCCAAGGAGAUCAGGUACUGUAGGAUAUGCCAGCAGUGGACCUGACUACCACACACACACACACACACACACACACACACACACACACACACACACACACACACACACACACACAAAUACCCACAUUCACACCACUACUUAGAACAUUGCGGACUAUUUGUAGCAUUUUAGUGCUUUUCCUAACCAGCUCAAUCGUAACACGAAGUCAUACUUGAGAGUGAGGGUACUUUUUAUGAAGAUGGUCAGUUUAUGCCCUUUGAGUAUGAUGUUGCAUUUGAUAUUUCACUAGUUUCCAAUGUCGACUUAUCCUAACACGCCAGACCAAUAGUUCAACAUGGUUUGACUUUGAGAAUAACUGUGAAAGCCUUUUUGUGUCUCUUCUCUCAGCGCUCCCAGGGAGAAGUCCAUCAAAUCCAUCCAGGAUGAGAUUCGCUCAGUCAUCAGACAGAUCACUGCCACUGUCACCUUCCUACCCCUGCUGGAGUCUUCCUGUGAGUAGUGUGUGUGUGUGUGUGUGUGUGUGUGUGUGUGUGUGUGUGUGUGUGUGAGAACCAGUGUUUCCAUUGGCCGUUAAUUGCCUGCUAAAGCCGACAAAUAAAAAAAAAUCCGGACACAUUGUGGCUCAGCAAAUAUCCUGAUGAAAAUAAAGACAUUUUAUAAAUCACUUUUGCUAUGCAGAGAGGUUGGUUCAGGUUGUCUUUCAAUCAAAUUAUAUCUCUACUCUGCCUGCCUGUCUGUCUUGAGCUCAUUGUAUCAACUGGUACCGGCCCGCAAAUGUUCCCGUGUCAGUGACAGACAGUUGUAUGCACGCGGGAAGUGUUCCCUGCAACUGGGUCCUGGACUUCCUGAAGGGCUGCUCCCAGGUGGUGAAGGUAGGAAACAACACCUCCACUUCGCUGAUCCUCAACACUGGGGCCACACAAUGGUUGCGUGCUCAGCCGCCUCCUGUACUCCCUGUUCACCCAUGACUGCGUGGCCAAACACGCCUCCAACUCAAUCAUCAAGUUUGCAGACGACACAACAGUAGUAGGCUUGAUUACCGACAGUCUACAGGGAGGAGGUGAGGGCUCUGGGAGUGUGGUGCCAGGAAAAUAACCUCUCACUCAAUGUCAACAAAACAAAGGAGAUGAUUGUGGACUUCAGGAAACAGCAGAGGGUGCACCCCCCUAUCCAUAUCGACGGGACCGCAGUGGAGAAGGUUAAGCAAACUUCCUAUAAAUCAAGCUAGUUAGUUUACUCGCUACUGUACCAAGGAUGGAGGCAUAUACAAGUGGGAAAAUAAAUAGACACAAACAAAGGAUAUUGACAAGCCAGAUAGAGGGAGACGUGCAUUGUGCAAGAAGCCAAUGUUCACUUGGUAGGCUCAUUCCUCCGUGCCUAAUUUCUAAAGGGUAUUAAUUUUCAUCAGUCACUUACAGCUGGUGUUUAUGGUGACUUCAUUCAAAUGAGUUUAUAUUUUGUCUUCUAAAAUCUGAUCUGACAUUUGACCGGCACAUAUUUUUCCUAACAGAAAUGUUCCUGAUGCUCCUUGAUUAACACCUGAACUUUGACCCCUCUCCCCAGGUGCCUUUGACCUCCUCGUUUACACCGACAAGGACCUGGAGGUGCCCGACAAAUGGGAGGAGUCGGGCCCCCAGAUAAUCGACCAAUCGGAGGAGGUUCGUCUGCGCUCCUUCACCACCUCUAUCCACAAGGUCAACAGCAUGGUGGCCUACAAGAGGGCCGACUCAGCCUAGAACCUAGAACCUUGACCUCUAACCUACUACCCCCUGUACAUAGUUACCUCUCAUUGUCUCCUCUUCCCUGCAGAAUACAAUGGGCACAUUGGAGAUUGACUACAACUGAUCUACAAAUCAUAAUCCGUAGUAAUUUAGGAUUCAAUGUGAUUUUGUAGGUCAGUCUGCAGUGGCUGACCGCAAUCUCAAAUGCGCACAAUGGCUUGAAAAACUAAAUAUUACACUUCCCUUUCCUACCUCUGCCACGCAUGUCUCUCUCCCUCUCUCUCUCGUUAAAUCUUUCUUUACAUGUCUAGUCCAAAAUAUACCGGUUAGUCUGUCCUGUCUCUUUCUGUGUUUCGCCUUGUUCUUCCUGGCUCACUGCUUUGAUGUCAAUAUUGUCACUGAUCCCUUUUGGUACAAUGCAUUUACUUUCCUUUUGAACUUUACCUUUUCAUCCAGUUCUGAGCCUCACUGUUUUAGAAGCUAGUGGUUUAUGUGUUGUAUUUUUAAGAAAUAUUCCCAAAAUAUAUGAACGUAUCCAUUUGAUCAUCCUCAAGUCUUGUCUGUGUUUUACCACUGCGAUUGACCAGGUGGUGGCGACAUAACAUAUAUUUAGACCAGUGUGAUGUUAUAUCCAAAGUUUGCACAGAUGACCGAGCACAUAGAAAAGAAGCAGUGUCCUUUAAUGGGAUGUACCAUUCAACAAGAACAGGAGGGGGGGGAACCAUAUAGAUAGAAUCUAGAUUGUAUUUCUAUAGGGGAAACCCUUUCUGCAUGUCAUAUUACCUCAGCCUCCACUAACAACCAACAGGUCCUGUCAUGUCACUUGACUAUACUGUGGCUGUACAUGGUCAUCUUUUAAAGGUGCAGUAGUCUUCACAUGCAACACACAGGUCUAUCAUUGAUGGAGAAGCAACACAUUAUCAUCUGUUCUGACAAAUCAGACACCAAAGCAUUGUGGAAUUGGAACCAGAAAAGCGACUCACCUCAUUUUUUUUUUAAGCACAGGAACAGGUGUACAAGUACACAGUUACGGAGACUUCUUUAAGUACACAAUAAAACCACAGUAACGACAGUGGUCCUUAGAGUGACCGCGUACAUCUACAAAUAGAAAAGUGCUGCAGUUUGGACAAGGUUAAGUCAAAUGUGAGUUUCUCAUGUGAAUGACAGUGAUGCAGUGCACGUAUCUGUACCUGAUAACUACUAUAGUAUAUUAUGAUGUGUGAAUGAUCUGUGCAU